CCUGCCGUGUUUUAUAUAAACCAAACAUCAUCAACGUUGCCGGAGCUUACAAAAGGAGCUUUCAAAAUGCUAUACGGUGGACUUUGUUUUUUAAUGUUGCAUUUGAUUCUUGUUACUGGCACGGAGCUGACAUUUGAACUACCAGACAAUGAUAAGCAAUGUUUCUACGAAGAUCUAGAAAGUGGUGUAAAGUUUGAACUAGACUUCCAAGUGAUUGCUGGAGGGAACUAUGAUGUGGACUGUCUUGUCUCAGAUCCACUGAAUAACAUCCUGUAUCAGGAGAGGAAAAAGCAGUAUGACAGCUUCUCUCACACUACAGCCAUGAAAGGAGUCUACAAAGUCUGCUUUAGUAAUGAAUUCUCCACCUUUUCACACAAAAUUGUGUACCUGGACUUCCGGGCUGGUGAUGAGCAACCCUUACUACCAGACAUGAACAGAGCCACAGCACUGACUCAAAUGGAGUCAGCAUGCCUCUCCAUCCAUGAGAUCCUGAAGGUGGUAUCUGACUCGCAGACAUGGUACAGGCUCAGGGAAUCUCAUGAUCGAAUCAGGGCAGAAGACCUCAAUGAGCGGGUGGCCUACUGGUCCAUUGGAGAGACCAUCUUACUGUUUGUUGUCAGUAUCGGACAAGUCCUGAUGCUGAGGAGCUUCUUCAAUGACAAGAAGGGCACCGUGGCAGCUUCCACUUAAAACGCAUAGCCUUGACCCACAGGGAUUUAUCUCCCAACACAUCAGUGAGUGCAUCUGGACACAGCACACAUCUUGUAUGAACUUUCACCACAGGGUUUGUCAAACGUAUGUUAACAGCAAAACCAUGUUGUACUGGAAAAAGAAUGACACUCACAGCUGUAUUGAAAAUGACUCAUGUACCAACACCGCAGAUGUAUACAUAUAGACAUUUGAAAGUACUUGAGGAAGUAGGAAUAAUUGUUACCUAUUCGAAUAUUUUUGGAUUUAUGUGCGUGAUGUUUUUUUUUCUCUCCUUAGAAUUCUGCUGUCAAGGCCUAUAUAGUAAUUCCAGUGAAAUUGUGGCACAUGGGUAGCAACCAAACAUGUUUUUGUUGGUUAGCUUUAUUUGUUUUUAUAGUAUGUAUCAAUUUGAUAUUGCCUUAAUUUAUGUCUGAGCUAUUGUUAGAACAAGCCGGAGCUGUCUCUCUGUAUAUGUCGCUCUAGAUAUCUUUCCCCGUUUCUCUCACAAACACUGCAUUGCACGGGAAUUGGAAAGUUAAAAUGUCUCCAUGUGUCUCAAAUGGAGGUUAAAAGUUUAAUGUUUUUAUUUACGUUUCGACUGGCUGAUUGAAUUUUCUAGUCUUAAAUCACGUGUUGUCUGUGACACCAGUUCAGUGUAAAAUUGAAAAGUGUGGUUUGCCCAUUGCAUUUCAUUUCAUAAAGAGAUGUGUUGAGCGACA